CACGCCGCGUUUUUGUUGUGUAAAGCAAUUAUUUAAUCCGUCACUUCUGCACGACUCGACAUUACUGCUCGCUCUCGUAUUCCACCUAGGCUAGGUUCCCGUAACCACGUCAAGCGCCCGCUGGUUGCCGUCUCCCUUUGCCAAACCCUCAGCGUUCGCGUUGUUCGCGCGGGCUGCUCAAAGCCAUUUGUUCUCCUCGCGUGGUUCCCGUUGUCCGCAAUUUCGGUCCGAGCCAGCUGUCGAAAAGCAUCACCGUCGCAAGCAUCUCCGACGCCAAGCAUUAUCGUCGCCAGAUUUCAUGGCGACUGUCGCCGAUUUCCACUCCACUCGCUACACCAGCUGGUGCCCGGAGCGCAAAGACAUCGAGCAAUGGGCGAGCGCAGUGGCUGAAGGCGAAACCCCUCGGGAUUGCCGCUUCCAGCCGCUCACUCUGCUGCCAGAGGAUCAUGAAAACGAGGAGGCUUGUAACGAGUACGACUACGCGACGUGCGCGGAGGAGGACCUCGACGCGUACCUGGAGUCGCUUCCGAAGUCGAACCGCUGGACAGAACUGGAAGCGUCUUGCGCGUGGCUGGACCAAGCCAACAUCCGCAUUGAAGAGCUCGACCUCACGCACGGGCUGCCCGAGCACCUCGUCUUGAACCAGCCGCGCUUUGCUGGCGCUAACCAUGCUGCUACAGCUGCUACAGGUGCUACUGGUGCUACAGGUGCUACAGGUGCUACAGGAGCAGCAGCAGCACACCAGCACAAGCUCUCAUCGUCCCCGUCUGCAUCCACCCUCUCCUCCUCUCACUCCGCUGCCUCUCUCGCGGCGUGCUCGGCACACAGGCACCCUCCCCCUAGCGCGCACAAACACCCCGGGUCCACCCUCCGGUCCCUCUCAAGCUCGCUCCUAAACCACCUCGGCUUGGUGCACCGCUCCCAGUCCCCCUCUUCCUCCUCCUCCUCCUCUACUGUCAAGGGCCACCCGAAGCUCAAACGCCUGAGCAAGGAGUUCAAACUGAAAUCCGACCAGCAGCAGCACCACCACCACCACCACCAGCAGCAGCAGCACCACCAGCAGCAGCAGCAGCACCAGCAGCAGCAGCAGCAGCAGCAACCGCCACAUCAGAACCAUUCCCCUGCGAUCCGCCACCACUCCAAGCCUUCGUCUCCCGCCCUGCACAUACCGCAGCAGCACAACGCCAAUCAUAUGCACAACAUGCAUAGCCGCAACAGCCCAUCCUUCCACCAUUCAGCGUCGUUCCCUGAGAUCCUGGGGAGCCCGCACCACUGGCACGCAGGGGCUCAGCACCCAGGGGCCCUGCUCCCAGGAGGCCCCACUCUGCUCCCAGGCCAGGUCCUCCUUUCCUCCUCCCCCCCUGUUAUGUACCCGGGCCCCCUCCACCAUUCUUCCUCCUCUCCUGGAAUUCUGGCUCCUUGCUCCAGCGUUCCCCUUCGGCCGGGAGUCCUAUACAGUCACAAUGGUGGUGCCGAUGCGGAGGGUGGUGGAGGCAUCUACACCGCGGCAUUUGCUGAUUCGGACGACAUCAGUGGUGUGAACAUCAUUGGAGAGAGUGUUAUUUUAGGAGCAGCGUCUAACACUACAGGAGCAAGUAACAGCAUGGGAGCUGAUGCCACGUGGCAUGCUGGUAACUCUACUCACAGUGGCUCGCGUAAUCCCACUGUUGGAGGAAGCGCCAGGUUCAUUGCUCCGAAAAGGGUCAUGCACGAGCUACGCCCUCAGCAGCACAUGCCACGUCAGCAGCACCAGGCACUUGCCGCGUCAUCUCGUGACAUCAGCACCCGGGUGAUGUCAUCUGUGGACAGCAGGACAGCUGGCGGUGUCAGGUCCCUAAAAGCAUCCAACCUUUUCCUGCCUGUAGUUUCCCCUGCAUCAUCUAGUGAGUGGCAUGUGGUGGCUCCCGUGGAAGAAUCUUCCUCAGAAGAUUCUUCUAUCAUGAUUGCGCACAACAGCAGCAGCAAUAACAGCAGCAGCAGUGGUAGCGGCAACAACAGCAGCAGCAGCAACAGCAACAGGGGCAGUGCGACCAGCAAGAAGAGUGGAUUGUACAAGUUCAUGACAACUCUGCUAGAUGUCGAUGCACAGCCCAGAGGGCGGGGAAGGAAGAUCCGAGUGUGGAUGGGAGAUGUGCCGCAUACUAAUGCUGGUGCACAUGCCGAAGCAGAUUUGUUAGCCCAAACAUGCAAUUGAUGUCGACUAUGGCGUCUUUUGUGCAACUAUGGACUAUCGGCCGUUACCCUCGAAACUUAGGUGCAUUGCGAGGCUGGCGUAAUGCUGUGAAAUAUUACAUUUUAUUUUUUAGAUGAAGAGCCUGUUUUUUAGACCUAGUUGUUACAUUACUUGGAUGUCUUAAAGCCCAG